GCUCGGUUAUCUGUCUGGUCACUGAAGGGGCCUAUCUCAUAUUGUCACGGAGCAAACCAAAAAGAACCCGUAUACAGAACUCCCAAAUGUUCAGAACCAUCUCCUUCUUACGGAGCCCUCUCAGGUCUCUACCCCAAUCCCUAAAUUUCAUAACCCAACCUUCUUUGCACUUGAAACCAUAUCACUCACCAUUGACACUACCUACGAACCCAUCUUCUAUUCCACCAAAUCUCCAGUUCCCUCCCAUUUCAAUCCUCUCUUCCUCAUUCUCUCAAACACCAUUGCUACAGAAAAAGGAAGACCCAUAUAACGACGCAUCCUUGUUCAACAGAGACCCGAAAAGCCCUCCGAAGCUGUUUGUGGUCCAACCUCGUCUGCGGCCCGAUACCCUAUUGCAGGCGAAGCUCGAUGAAGCUAUCAACCUUGCCAAUUCCCUCGAAGAACAGCGAGAUGGAUAUUACGAUACUGAGCUUUGUGAGAAGGGGUUGCCCCCACAUGUUGUUGUUCAAAAUCCAGCUGUUAGAUCUUCUAAGUACCGGUCAGACACAUAUUUUGGACCAGGGACAGUAGAUACAGUUAAAUGCCAUCUUAAUGCUGUGGAAUCUAAGGGUGAAAUUGACGCUGUUUAUGUAAAUACAAUUCUAUCGGGGAUUCAGCAACGGAAUUUGGAGCGGGCCUGGGGCAAACCCGUUUUGGAUCGUGUGGGCCUGAUAAUUGAGAUAUUUAAUGCUCACGCCCAGACCAAAGAAGCAAAGCUGCAGGCUGAACUAGCAGCUCUAAUGUAUAAAAGGACCAGGCUUGUCCGUGUUCGUGGUCCUGAUGGACGCUAUACUUUUGGAGCAACUGGGGAAACUGAAGUAGUUAGUGCCCGGGGGAGAGGAAGCGGUGGGCGUGGUUUUAUUAGUGGUGCAGGAGAAACUGAACUUCAGCUUCAAAGACGAAGAAUUUUAGAACGGCGGAAUCAUUUGUUAUCCCAAAUUGAAGCAGUUCGUCGUACACGAGCUUUGCAACGUGCUUCUCGCAAAAGGCGUGGAGGUUCAAAUGGUCAGGGUUUAGCCACUGUUGCUAUUGUUGGGUACACAAAUGCUGGGAAAUCUACAUUAGUUAGUGCUCUCUCAGAGAGUGAUUUGUUUAGUGAUGAUCGAUUAUUUGCAACAGUGGAUCCUAGAUUGAGGAGUGUUAUUCUUCCUUCAGGGAGGAAAGUGCUUCUCAGUGAUACGGUGGGAUUUAUAUCAGAUUUGCCUGUCCAGUUAGUGGAAGCAUUUCAUGCAACCUUGGAAGAAGUGGUGGAAGCAGACUUACUAGUGCAUGUGCUAGACUCCAGUGCACCAGAUCUUGAUGAGCAACGGUCAAUUGUCUUGCAAGUUCUCCAGCAGAUAGGAGUAUCUGAGGAGAAGCUUCAGAACAUGCUUGAAGUCUGGAAUAAGAUUGAUCUUCAAGAAGAGGAAAUGGGCACUGAUAAAUAUCUAGAUAAUGGUGAGGAUGAUGUGGUUGACAGUUUAUCAGGAGCAGAGGAUGAUGAUAUGCCAUCCGAGCUAUCAGCAGAACCUGUUGAUGAUGAUGAUGAAAAUGAUAUUGUAUCAGAACUGUCCUCUGGUGAUGUUCAAGAGACCAUGGAUGAUCAUGAAGGUGAUUACUCUGAUGGUUGGCUGUCAGGAGGUGGUGAAGGGAUUGAAGAUGACCAAGGCAGUCCUCCUGGAUGGAAGACUAUGGAUGAUCAACAAAGUGAGUCCUUUAAGGAUAGGAGGAUGACUGAGAAAGAUUCAUGCUCUCAACCUCAGUGCAUUCCACAUGUCAAAACAUCAGCAGUAAUGGGAGUUGGCUUGCAAGAAUUGUUGGCACUUAUUGAUGAGAAGCUAGAGACCCAGAAGGUACCGGAAAGAAAUUACUUUGAUCGUAAAUGGAGGCCUCCCCAUACAGAAGAUGUUGGAGUGGCUGUUGAAUGAUAGCACGCUUUGAUCCUCCCCAGCUAGUUUGAACACCUUACCAAAGCUUGUUGAAAGGGAUGAUCAGUAACUCCAGAAUCCGGAUUAACUCUACUAAAUAUCUCUUGCCAUCAAGCGCCUGGCAUGGAAGAGAAUGAUUUUGGAGGAUAAUUACAGUCUUGCAGUAAGUUAUCACUCAUGGGUCUGCACCGUGCUGAAUGGCACUUAAGACGGAGAUGUUUAAUUCUCUUUCUAAUAAUUCCUGUUGGUGUGUAUUUGUGUGGUAUCUGAUCUAUCAGGAGUUUUGUUUUUUCAAUGCAAGUGCUGAUAAAGAUGGGGCAUUUUUGUCCUAAAAGAAUGUAUUGAGUAUAAGCUCUCAUUUAUUUCGAUGUAAUAUUUUCCUUGUUGCCAUUCCCAGCAGUAGAUCCGGAUGCAUAUAAUUUGCUACUGCAUUCCAAUCUGGUUGUUAAAAGGUUCCAGAGAAGUCAGUGGUGGGCAUUAUACCUUCAAUAGGUUACAUGUACACAUAAAUAUUCUUUUUGAUCAUUUAGAUUUAA